AUGGUCGACUCUCCACAGAACGGCACCACAGACUUCAUGAUCACACUCGCCACUUCGACCCCAGAACCUCCCUUUGCCGUCGGCAAGGUCGGUGUCUGGAAAGAGCAGGAAAUCGGGUUCUUCCUAGCUCGAAAAUAUUGGGGAAAGGGCAUUGCGCGAGAAGCGCUUGACGCUUUGAUCCCAUACCUAUUUGGAGAGGCAGGAAUGAGCGAGAUCACCGCGGACGUAGACCCAGAAAACGAGGCGUGCAUUAGGCUAUUGAAAAAGGUUGGGUUUGUGGUCAACGGGUCCGAGAAGAGAACAUACAAGGUUGCGGAGAAGUGGUGUGACAGUCUGUAUAUGUUAUUGAAGAGAGAAAAAUGGCGAGAAAAGGGCCGACCAAUGUGA